CUAUCUCCACCAGAUCACAACUGGCAGCAUUUCCUGUUCCCAUCUCCCCCUUUUCGCCUAUUGUGUUGAUUCCCGUUUCCAGGACUGGCUCAGAAUCCAUCCCUCGUCAGUCGUGGAAAGCCUCCCUGCAGAUCCGGGAGGCUGCAGAAGCAAGCCCUUGCGGCCUCCUAGGCUCCCGCAGAGCGCUAGGCUUCCUCUCUCUGGGCCUUUUUCCCCAGCUGCCAGAACUGAGUUCUAAACGGUAUAUAGUCACACCGGUUUUUAUGUUUAAGGCAGGACACUUUUGCAAAACAGAUCGAGUCAGACUCAGUGUCCACGGCGGAGACAAUGUUCCAACAGCCUCACCUCCAGCAUCCAGCUGCCUCGCUCACUGCCAGCCCAGCAUGUGUCCAUCGCGCUGCCUCCUGUUUUUGGCUACCCUUCUCCUCCUAAUCCACCUCAGCUUGGCCAGGGCCACACCAGUCUCCCAACCUGCCAAGGGUCUUGUCCACUCCCAAAACCUGCUGAAUAUCACCAACACAAUGCUGGAGAAGGCCAGAGAAACUUUGAAAGAUUAUCCCUGCUCUGCUGAGGACAUUGAUCAUGAAGACAUCACAGCGGACAAAACCAGCACACUGCAGGCCUGUUUACCACUGGAACUUGCCAAGAACGAGAGUUGUCUGGCUUCUAGAGAGACUUCUUCCAUAACAAACCUGUGCCUCAGUGGCAUCUACGAGGACUUGAAGAUGUACCUGGCAGAGUUCAAGGCCAUCAAGGAAAAGCUUUUGGACCACAAUCAGAAGCAGAUCGUUCUGGAUGAGAAAAUGCUGACAGCCAUUGAAGAGCUGAUGAAGUUUCUGAAUGUCAGUGGUGAGCAUCAGUCCCCGACAUCUUCCCCGGGAGGAGCAGACCAGUACAGGGUGAAGAUGAAGCUCUGCAUUCUCCUCCACGCCUUCCGCAUCCGCGCCAUGACCAUCAGCAGAGUGAUGAGCUACCUGAAUUCCUCCUGAAAAGCGCAAGCCCCUCCCACUCCGUGCCCUUCUUACAGACAUAUGAACCAAUGAAAUUUUAAUAAGAGGCAGGUUAAGGACCAGGAAGUCUUGGCCUGGCUAUGCACAUUGUCCGUAAGUGCUCAUGAAAAUCUUCUUCAGGAGAGAAAAUGUCCUCUCUGAAUAGUCAGCAGUAGAGCAAGAACUGAUAAGCUAUUUUUUUUUAACCCAAGUGUUUAUGAGAACACUCAUCACCACUUAUUUAAAAAUAUUUAUUAUUCUAUUUUAUGUUCAUGGAAGUAUAUGAGCUUAUUUAUAUUUAUUUAUGUCCUAUUUAUUAUAAUAUUUCUUGUCAAAUGAAUUUGAAAUGUUCAAUUAUUAUGUGGUUCCAAUAAAGUGA